UUUAAGGUCAGACGCGACGUAUCUUCCAUUAAUUCCAAAUAAUUUUUUUCUAUCUCCGCAAUGUGAAGAUUUCCACUACGAAAUUCCGGAAUAAUUCCAGAAUUGGUUUGAAUGUUAAGAAAUUAUUAUGUCCCUUUAUGCGCUUUUUUGUAAUUGGAGGUAAUUUUAUUACUUUGUUUACAUCAUGGAGGAACAAGUUCGCGGGAAAGGUGGGAAAUUUAUAUCCGAAGGAAAAUUGAGAAGGAUACGGGCAUUAGAAGUAAACAAACAGCGAAAAAAGCAAGGAGAGAUACCUCCGCAGCCAAGUCAUGAUGAUGCAGGUCUUGUUCUGUCCGAGACUUCUCAAUCCAUCGAUUUGCCAGAAUAUGUACCUUUUGAGCAUGACUAUUGUAUGUCAAUGCCAUCCAACAUCGAGGAAGAGGAAAUCGUGAUAGGUUGUGAAGACACUGGUGAUGAUGUAACGAUAAAGUGGAACGAAGGGAGAAGGGUUAUUGAAAUUCAGCAUGUCAUCGAAAAACUGAUUGAAGGUUGUGAAUUUUGUAGACAGCCUUUGAACUUCACAAAUAUUUGUGGUGAGAUCAGAUAUGGACUGGCAUCAAUGUUACAAAUAAAGUGUGUGAAUUGUGAUAUGGUGGUAUCAGUUCCAACAGGAAAGAGACACUCGCGUAUAGACAGUGACCAUCCAUCAAGAGCAUUUGAUGUCAACACAAAACUGGCUCUUGGUAUGCUUCAUGCAGGCAUUGGCCAGAAGAAAGUAUCAAUGCUAUUAAGUGUACUUAAUAUUCCAUCUGUGUGCCACAAAACCUUGAAGAAAACAGAGAGGGAAGUAGGAAAGGCAUUAGAAGAAGUGGCCAAAAAGAGUUGUGACGAUAUGGCUGCGGCCGAGAAGGAAUCAUCAAGUACACCUAAUGAGCUGUCUGUAUCAUUUGAUGGCGGGUGGCAGAAAAGAGGAUCAGGUAGAUCCUAUUCCAGUUUGUCAGGUCAUGCUGCAAUGAUCGGAAAUGAAACGGGGAAAAUUGUCAAUUUUGCAACUCGCAACAGCUUUUGUAGAGUAUGCGACAACUCUGAAAAAUCUGGAAAGGAUCUAUCCAUCCAUGACUGUCGAAAGAACUGGUCCAAAAGUGCAAAAGCCAUGGAACCAGAUAUGUGCAUACAGAUGUUGCAAGAACUUGGCCAAAAUGAUAUGAAUGUCAGCACUGUUAUCAUGGACAAUGAUUCAACAACUGUUGCAAGAGCACGCUUGGAGGUAAACCCAGCCCUAAAGAAACAGAGUGAUAAAAACCAUACAAUGAAACAAUUUACUAAUAAAUUAUAUGACUUGAAGAAGAGCAAGAACUACAAAGAACUAAAUACCAAAACCAUAAAUCAUAUCAGCAAGUGUUUCAAAUACUGCAUCAGUCAAAAUCAAGAAGAUUUGAGCAGUCUAAAGAAAAAUCUGGAGGCCAUAACACCACACGUCUAUGGAGACCACAGCCUAUGUGAUACCUGGUGUGGAUUUCUCUCUUCUCCUGAAACCUACAAGCCACAGCAACUUCCAUAUCACCGUUACCUAUCUAACCAACACUUGAAAUCUGAUCUAUUAUCUCUCUUUGGAUUCUACAUUUCACAGGCUGAAAAAUUGAUCAACUUAGGAAGUACACAGGCAAAUGAGAGUUUCAACAAUACAGUUGCAAGUAAAACACCUAAGUCCACUUUCUACUCUGGAUCCGAGAGUAAUGACUUUCGUAUUGCUGCUGCUGUGGCACAGAAAAAUUUAGGACAUCAAUAUGUAAUACAGGUAAAUGAGAAGUUGCUUCUUUCUCCUGGACAAGUCACUAGUUCCAGUGCAAAGAAAACAGACUUGAAAAGGAAACGAGACAAGGAAAGAGAAGAUACACCAGCUUACAAGAAGAACAGGGCAAUGAAGAAAAUAGAUUCCCAGAAGUCACAAGAGUCAUCAGAGAUUAGGGAGGGAACAACAUACAAAACAUGUGUUGAUCUAAACAACAAUGAAGGAGACAUGGAAAACAUUACAGAGAUACCACCACCUCUGAGAAAACCCCAGUCUACUCCUAUUGUCCAUGACCAGUGCACAUUUGUUUAUUUUGAUUUGGAAACUACAGGCCUUGGUAAAGAUUGUGAAGUCACCCAGAUUGGUGCAUAUGCCUCUGAGAAAUCGUUUUCACAGUAUAUCCUUCCAUCUACACAGCCCAUUUCACCCUCUGCCACUGCUGUAUCGGGUAUUGCUGUGAAGGAGAAUAUUAUGUUCAAGAAUGGAGUACAGGUGCCAUGUAAGAAUGCAAAGGAUGGUAUAGAAACAUUUAUUACAUGCUUGAAAAAUUUUUCCAACAUAGUGUUUGUUGCUCACAAUGCAAAAUUCGACUCGAAUGUUAUAAUUCGUGCAAUGCAUCAAGUGGGACUAAGAGCCAGUGACUUCAUUAUUGGGUUUGUAGACACACUACCUCUAUUUAGAGAAGCUGUUCCCAACAGAAAGUCUUACAAACAAGUGGAUCUUAUGAAAGAUUUAUGCACCGCACAAUAUGACGCCCAUGACGCUUUAGCGGAUUCUGAAGCUCUACAGCGACUUGUGCUUCACCUUGAUAUUUCUAGAGCCAUGAUGCUGAAACACAGCUUUAGUGUAGAUUUUGUUAUUGAGAAUGACAAAUAUGCUAUUUUAUUGAGUAGAAAUGCUUCUUCAUUGAAACAUCUUGUAGAUGAAAAUAUUUUGUCUAAAUUUACAGCUAACAAAAUUGCAGCAUCUGGUCUUCACUAUGACCAUCUUUGCAUUGCUCAUCACAGAGAUCCUGUGAAUGGUAUAAAGUCUAUUUUGUCAGAGAAAAACAUGGGUAAGGUCAGAGUGACAUCCAAUGGUAAAAUCAUCAAGUCAUUACAUCAGUAUUUUAUGAAAGGUAACUGA